GUCGUCCUCUAGUUCACAUAAUUAAUUCUAGCUAGUCAUUUAGCGUUAUACUUCGUAACUAUCUGUAAUAAUUCAGCAUAACUUCUGUAUCUCUUAAUUACACCCAUUUGCUCGUAUCGAUCGUAGUUAUUUUUAAAAUGACGAAGCAGUCUCCUUGUGGAAUUUGCUGCAAGAUCGUCGGACAUAGAGCUAAUGCGAUUUCAUGCAGUCUCUGCAGCGCAAGGCUUCAUAUUUCGUGCGUUGGUCUGACUGUAGACCAAUUUCGUAUAAUUCAGGGCAUUAAGAGCGAAUUUUUGAAGACCGUUUGUAAGCAAUGCCAAGCUAAUCUUGUGCAGAAUAAAACGGACACGUCUAACAAGCGGAUCAACACAACGAAGUGCUCUAGAAUGCCCAGCUUGCCUUGUGCUUCACCACAGUCAGUGAAGCAGCCAACGCCUAGUACCUCAUCGCAUCCAUCGCGGAAACAAGGUACUAAAGUUCCAUCAGACUCUCCCUCAAGACCUACUAUUUGUUCAGCUGACAGUAAAGUUCCAAUGUGCGAUAAACAAAUUGAGGAUAACGAUUGGAGAGUACAAACAUCGAAGAAACCAAGACCAAUAUCUAAUGACCUGAGGCGCCGUAGCCUCAUGAUAUUUUACGCACCUGAGUCAGGUGAUUCUAAUCCUCAGGUGCGUUAUGCACAUGACGUCGAAUAUUUGCAAUCAUUGAUUGACAAACUACUCGAUGUAAAUGAGGACGGGCUCAAAGUUCAGCAGAUCGCCCGUCUAGGAAAGAGAAUGGAGGGCAAAAGUCGGCCCAUGAGGGUGACAUUUGCCGAAGAAGCAAGUACCAAGUUACUAUUGUCUCGCCUUAAUAGGCUGAAGGGUCUGAAGAUCCACGUACGCGCUGACUUAGAACCGGCAGACAGAGAGAAACUCAAGUCUGCCAUGAUUGAAUUAAAGCGGCGCACGGAGGAUGGAGAAACAAACCUCCGUAUUGUAAAUUUUCGAGUAGUUGCCCGGGUUCCUCCACGAAUCCGGAUCAACAGGUUGCUAAUACUUCAGGCGCGCCCAGCGGCUCCUACCGCGGUCUGCGCGUAGCCUUUACUAAUGUAUGCAGUUUGAUGAACAAGCGUGAUGUGCUGUACGACUUCGUAAGCUCUCAGCGACCGGACGUAUUAGGCCUUGCUGAGACAUGGUUAAACUCCGACGUAAACGCCCAAGAAGUGGAAAUCACCGGCUACUCAUGCUUCCGCUGCGAUAGACCAUCAAAUGAUCGCGGUGGCGUUCUAC